AUGAGCGAGAGCGACCGCUCCGAGCUGCGCGCCCAGGCGGCCGAGCUCCGAAGACAGCAGAAGGAGCUCGCAGCGGUGAACGAGAGCGGCAGCUCCCGCUUGCGGAAGCAGUCGAGCGAGAGCAGCAGGCAGGCAGAGGCUCUCGCGGCCGUGAACGGAAGUGCCCGCACGCGGCUGCGGAGGCAGCCGGCCUCGCCUGAGAAUCAGAGCCGGAGCGUCGAUGGGCUCGACCGUGUGCUCCAGGCCGCUGGUGCGCCGGUGAACGGCACGAGUGACAAGGCCAAGCAGCACGCGGAGGCUUAA